AUGGUGGACCCUAUUUCGAUUAUUUCGGCGGUAGACCUCUGCUUCAAAUAUGGUACGAAACUGGUUCAAUUGUGCAGCGCAGUUGCACAAGCCAAAGGGGAUAUUAAAGAGAGAUCCCUCCGCGUGGAAACAUACUGGAUGAGAACGGAGCUCCAGCUGAAUGUGGUGCGGGGGAUUGCUUCUGAGCUCAGUGAGAAGCAUCGGAUGAUUCAACAUGCGACAAUUGCAAUGCUCGUCACUAAGUUGGAAAUUGCGAUCAACAAUGUUGAGUCCACCAUAAAGAGUCAUCCUGAUGCGGACCAAGAAAUGGAAGUACAUCGGUGGAAAUAUGCGCUCAUGAAGGAAAAGAUUGAUCGGACCAUUGAGGAUCUGAAAGAAUGGCAGUCACUAUUUGACCCAUCGUGGUAUCUGAUUAUGAAGCUCGCAGACCGUCAAAUCGAUGAAGGCCUAAGGAAGAACCGAAUAUCUUCUGCUAUGAAAUUUCAAGACCCGAUACCUCCUGCGCAGUCUCUCAGGAUAGCGUUGCAUCCGACAGAGGCGUACACUCCAUCGGUUCGCCUCCCAUCGGAUUCUCUCAUUUCUAUUAACCCACAAGAGAUACCAUUUUGCUCAGCGCAGGUGGGCCAGAGGCCAGAUAAUGGCCAACCGCUCAUCGUGGAACGAAUUGAACCUCUCCCCGGGACUAAUGUCGGGGACAUGAAGAAAGAUAUCCGAGAUCUCGCCAGACGGCUGACUGGGUCCGAUGCGACGGAGUUCGGUCUCCUUAGCUGUAAAGGAUAUAUCCAUCACCGCCAGCCCGACUCUUCUCAAUCUGCACCUGAUGCAUUUACCAUUAUCUUCCGAAUGCCAACACAACAUCUUCCUCCUCGCUCUCUCCGAGGUUGUUUUCAGGAUAUGAACCAUAGUCACUCCCUCUCCGAUCGGUUCAAGUUAGCAAACGAGCUUGCGAAAGCAGUGCAUUCUGUUCACUUGUUUGGAUUUGUCCACAAGAACAUCCGACCAGAGGCAAUCUUACUUUUGGGAAGUGAUGAAUCCUCGAUUGGGUCUGCCUUCCUGAUUGGAUUUGACAGCUUCCGAAUAGCCUCUGGUAGAACGUUGCGCAAAGGUGAAGCGUCCUGGGAACGAUGCCUUUACCAACAUCCCGACCGCAUAGGGACCAUUUCCUCGAAAGAUUAUACCAUGCAGCAUGAUAUCUACAGCCUUGGUGUAUGCUUGUUAGAGCUGGGAUUGUGGGAGUCUUUUUUGUCGUACGACGAGCUGACUCCGGCAAGCAAUGAUAAUCCUCCAACCCCUGCUCGGGCUCCUAUUCUUGGAACAGACCGAGGGCUAUAUUUCCAAAAACAUCUCCUCUUCUUGGCGCAGGGUGAACUACGAAAGCGAAUGGGGACCCGAUACUCCGACGUUGUGGUCACUUGUUUGACAUGCUUGGACGCCAAUAAUGUCGACUUCGGAGAGAAGGCCGAUUUUGAAGAUGCCGAUGGCAUUGAAGUGGGUGUGAGGUAUAUCGAGAAGUAUGUGCGUCUGAGUCAAUAG